UUUUUUCACUCGAAGUCAUCGUUUUCGUUUUGGUCUAUAUAACAGUGUUCUCACUAGAAAUCAAAUUGCAACUGAUUUGAUAAUUUUAUCUGGUCGAUGCUUAUAUAGUUUCGAAUCAAUUAAACCUUGACACAUAAAACAAGACUGUAAUUUCGAACGAUCAUCCUAAUUAAAAACGAAUACAGCCACUGCUGCACGCAAAGUGUAUAACAAUAUUUGCAUUGUAAAGAUGCACAACGAAUCCGUGCUACGGAUUGACAACUUAUGAAAAUUUGCGUGCUGUUUUUGAUCAAUUCAGUCGAUAACACCACCCAUAUUGAAUGCAUUUUUGUUCUCAUUGUUCUAAUAGAAUAUCGUCGAUUUUUUUCGCCUCCUUAAAACGAUGAUAAAAAUAAUCAAUUUCAUUAAUCAAGAAUUCUCUCCAGAAAGAUUGUCGCUUGAAAAAUGAUCAAGCCAGAAUACGUAGUAGCCCAUAGCCAUCAAAAUGAAUCCGAUUUAUGUCAAAUGUCUUGACAAGAUUGAAACUUUAUUAACAUCUUAUUUGCGAAAUGUGUCAAAACAUUGGAAUAAAAAUGAAAUGAAAUAAAACGUAGCUAUGGAGGAGGAAUCUAUGUCCCGUGGUGCCACAUCAAUUUGUGGAUUUUUGCGAAUAUUUUGGAUUUUUCACUCGUGGGAGUUGCUAUGUAUUCCAUGUAUACUUGAUUGGUGUCCGAAGCUGUUCUUGGGAUUCAUUGAUCACAUAACAUCCUUUUGGCAUUGGCUAAAGCGGUUUUUAGCCUUGUAUUGGAAGUCGUUGACAGUUUUAAUAGUUCCGAUUGCUCUUUUGCCAAUUAUUCUGAUGGACGAUAAGCCUGAAAAUCGAUGUUUGUACGUUUUAUUGUUGGUAGGAAUUUUUUGGUCUACCGUCGCACUUCCAAUACCGGUGACCAGUAUGUUACCCGUUAUUUUAUUUCCAACUCUUGGUAUAUUGAGCACAAACGAAACAUGUGAAGCGUAUAUGAGUGAAGAGAAUAUGAGCUUCAUCUCGGAAUUGAUAAUUGCAUUGACGGUGCAGCAUUGCAAUUUGCACAAGCGUGUUGCAUUGAAGAUAAUAUCGGUCAUUGGAUGCAGUCAGCGAAAGUUGAAUUUUGGUUUGAUUUCGGUCACAAUGUUUAUUUCGAUGUGGAUUCCAAAUUCAGUAGCUAUGACGACAAUGGUGCCGAUCAUCAAAGCCGUUUUGGAGGGAUUGGAAAAUGAAGGUGUUUGCAAACUUUACAUUGACAAUAACGACCCAGAAAAUCAUGAGCGGAGUUCAUCAUGGCAUCAUUUGGGACAUAGUGCAAAAAAGCCAUCAAAAAUCACUAUGUGUUAUUUCAUGGGAGCGGCUUUUGUUACUUCGAUCGGCAGCUGUGGCUCACUUCUUGGAAGCGGAACGAAUUUCGCACUGAAAUAUAUUUACGAAAAUAAAUUUACCGGCCAAAAGAUUGACAAUCUCCAGUGGAUGUGUUUCAAUGUGCCAUUGAUGCUUAUCAACACCGGUGCCACUUGGCUUUAUCUACAGUGGUAUUUUAUGGGAUUGUUUAGAGUAACAAGUGACGAAGCCAUACAAUAUAACUUAGGGAAUGAGGGUAAAAAGAUUGUCAAAAAAGUCAUCGCCAAGCGAUACAACGAACUCGGACCUAUUUCUCAAUGUGAAAUUCAAGUGGCAUUGUUAUUAGUAGUCGGAAUUAUUUUGUAUAUCCUAAAUUCAGCAUUAAAUUCUGGAUUUAAAGAAGCACCAUUUUCCCUUCUAAUUGUGGUUGCUUUGUUUGCGUUGCCAGCCAAUUGGAAUUGGCUCAAAUUCUUGACUGGCAAAUCAUCUGAAUUUCCAAGAACCAGGGCGCAAAGCUUAAUCACAUGGAGAUAUAUCAAUAGAAAACUACCGUGGAGCCUAUUCUUUCUCUUGGGAUGCGGAUUUGCACUAGCUCGAGGUAGCAAAGCCUCAGGAAUGUCUAAGAUGUUGGGCAGCAAGUUAUCAAGCUUAGGUGGAUUGCCAUUUUUAGUGCUGUUAUUCCUGAUUUGUCUCUUCACACAAAUCAUCACCGAAUUUAUUUCAAGCAUUGCCAUUGUAAACGUGAUAUUACCCAUAUUGGCUGAAUUAGCCAUCAGUAUCAAAGUACAUCCACUGUUUUUAAUGUAUCCAUCAACUAUAUCGUGUUCAAUGGGUUUUCACACAAUUUUUGGUACUCCUCAUAAUUUGAUUGCAGCCGAAGUUGCAAAUAUCAGGACCAAGGACAUUGCAAUCGCGGGACUGGGGCCAUCGAUUUUUUCAUUGCUCACAAUUUGGGCCGCCUUUCCUACAUGGGGAAGAGUUAUUUAUCCAGAAAUUGGCACUUUUCCUUCGUGGGCAAACGUUACAACAUCCAACGAUAAUAAUCUCAUCAAUCAGCCAUGGCUCUAAGUGUGUAGUCAGUACCUUAAAUUGAAUCGAUUAGCCUACUUUUUGAUGUCCAACUCUUUUUUUUUAUUGGUAUCCGUUAAUUAAUUAAAAGUGAACUUAAUGUCAAGUUCGCCAUCGACUAUUUGUUCACUGUGCACAGUCACGUAAUGAAAUUAAAAUCAUCAUCAGACGAUGUAUUGUUGUAUUCCCAUCGGAAAAAGGAAACUACGUAUACGAAAAACACUAUAAUAUAAAACUAUAGUUGACCAAUUGGACAUAUAGUUGAAUGGGUUAUGUCAGCUCAGAACCAGUCAUAUAAAACAAUAACAUUUUAAUAUUAACUUUGUAAUUAAUGUGUCAACUAAAAUGAUAAAAUGAUUCCAUAAGCUUCACAUGCAACUUUACAACAGACAAUUUUGCUAAUAUUUAUGAUGCAGACCAGGUGUUUGUCUCUACCACAAUUGACAACUUAAUGAUUCUAGUCACGUUUCACUAACUCAUUUAAAUCAUUUGCUGUCACCUUGAUAAAUGUUAAAGCGAUUGAUAUUCAUUUUCAUUUUAGUAUGAGUAUGAGCAUUGAGCACUGAGCAGUAUUCAUUACCUCACCGGCUUAAUGAAAUGAAUGCAGUUCAAAUUUUCAUUUUAGCUUGUUGCGAACAAUAUCUCGUACCCAUAAUUCUUGCCUGAAAAAUAAAUGGAAAAUCACAGACUCGAUCUAUUCUGUUUUGUAUUUUACUCAUUUAUUUCGUAUGUAUAAUUUUGCGGUUGUUCUGCUUUAUACAAUGUAUAAACGUAAUACACAAUGAAUAAUUACCAAAGUAAAGUUUAUGUUUUUUUUUGUUGUCGUUUAUAAGAGUUGUUGUAGAAAUAUAGCUUACGAAAAAAAAGGAAGAAAAUUUUUAAAACUCCUUUGUUAAUCGUUACAGUAUUAGUAUAAAUUUUGGUUUUGUGUUGCUAUCAUUAAUGUUGUCGUUUUAUUUUUGGAAUCAGAAAGAUCGCAGACAAAAUGUGAUUGUAUAUCUAUUUCACUUUAUUAUGUGUUGCUCCAAGUAUUUAAUCGAAUAAAACCAAAUAAUUCGAUAUACGCACAUUUCUUUAGUCUUAAAAUUGUUCCAUGGAAACACAAGUCACGUGUAAAAAAAUGGAUUUAAAAAAAAAAGUUGAUAAAUUUGUAUAAAUUGUAUACGUAGUCUACAGCGGGUUGAAGCAAUCGAUACAAAAUGUGACGAGACAUAAACUACGUUCUAAACAAAAUUCCACUAAUCUCGAUCCCAUACUAAUUUGGCGUCCAUCUUUUUCUUUAGUCACGAUCUUUUUAUGUCUCGACCUAUUUUUGUUUGUAAUCAUUACAUUUUAUUUGUUUGUUUGUUUUUUGCAGUCUUUCAACAGAAAAAAAUGCAUAAAUAUACUGAUUAGAAUGUUUUGUUGAUUUUAUUUUGACUAAAAUAUUCCAAUGUGAACAUGGAACAUGCCGUAGAUAAUCUGAACCAAGAUGUAAAAUCGAAUUUGAAUUCGAAUUGUAAUUCAAAUUUCCUAUUUUGUUUUAAAUUCAAAUUCUUUUUAUUUUUGUUUCAAAUUUUGAUAUUCCAAACCAUAAGUUAUUUUUCUUUGAAUAAUUAUGUAAAAUUACCCUUUGGUUUUGAUUUUGAAUAUCAAAAAAAUGCUAUCUAAUCGUUGAUUUGGCAGUAAUGUAAUUUCCAAAUUCAGAAAAUCUACUGCAAUGUCACACUGGCUAUCGCAAUUUAUUUGCGUUAAUUGCUACAAAUAUCAUAAAGAUAAAACACAAAAUUGUAACGAAUAUUUGUUUGAUGUUUUUAUCUGACCGUUUUUUUUUAAAUUCUAAACUAUGUGCGAUUGCGCACUUUAGAACCGAAAUCAAGAAAUACAAAACAUAUACGAACUAAUAAGAUCGAUGUCAAAAAGGACUACACAGACUUGAUUUGGGGGAUUGAAGAAAAAAAAAAUUUGUACAAAAACUGUUCUGAAAACAAAUGGCGUUAAAAUUGACACAAUUUUUGCUGAAUAAAAAUUAUGAUGAAAAAACGAUCAAAAAGAAAA